GGGCGUGGUUACCAAGUGUCAUGGCAGCCACCGGGGCUGCUUUGUAGCGUGCCAGACCGAAGCCGUGAAUAUUUCCUCACAUAGGUUGAAUUGUAUUAUUUAUCAUACUGGGGACAUUUGAUUGUAUAAAGCAUUUGAAACAUGGGCACUGUGCAUGCCAGGAGUAUGGACCCUCUGCCUAUGCAAGGACCUGAACUGGGAGUUCAGGUGGAUGACAUGGACCUAGGAGAAUCAGAUCGUGAGGAGAAACAGGAAGUUCUUGAAAAUAAAGAUGUCAUAGUACAGCGAGUACACAUUGAUGGUCUUGGAAGAACAAAGGAAGACAUUUUAACGUAUGAAAUUGCAGAGGUCUUUCAAGCCAAAAGCCUUAUUGAUGUCAUGAAAAAGUCCCAUGAGGCCAGACAGAAGCUUCUGCGUCUGGGAAUAUUCAGACAAGUUGAAGUUGUCAUAGACACAGCUGAAGGUGCUGAUGCGGUGCCUAAUGGACUGGAUGUGACGUUUGAGGUGAAGGAGAUGAGAAGAAUGACAGGAAGUUACAACACCAUGGUUGGGAACAACGAGGGAAGCAUGGUGCUGGGUCUGAAAUUGCCCAAUGUUUUUGGUCGGGCAGAAAAGAUGACCUUCCAGUUCUCUUAUGGCACGAAGGAAACAUCAUACGGCCUGUCAUUCUUCAAGCCACAACCCGGACACUUUGAACGGAACUUCUCCAUUAACUUGUAUAAAGUCACGGGACAGUUCCCAUGGAGCUCGGUCAGAGAGACUGACAAAGGAAUCUCAACAGAAAUCAGCUUCCCUAUCUGGAGGACAAACCACACCCUGAAGUGGGAGGGUGUUUGGAGAGAAUUGGGUUGUUUGGCCCGUACUGCGUCCUUUGCUGUCAGGGAGGAAAGUGGCCAUUCUCUGAAGUCCUCUCUUUCUCAUGCAAUGGUCAUUGACACACGCAAUUCUUCCAUCCUUCCAAGGAAAGGUGCCUUACUAAAGAUCAACCAGGAACUGGCAGGUUACUCUGGGGGAGAUGUCACUUUCUUGAAGGAAGACUUUGAGAUUCAACUCAACAAGACACUCUUCUGGGACUCGGUGCUCUCUUCCUCACUGUGGGGUGGUAUGCUGCUGCCCCUUGGAGACAGGCCCUCCAGUAUUGCUGAUAGGUUUUAUUUGGGUGGUCCCACUAGUGUGAGGGGCUUCAGUAUGUACAGCAUUGGUCCUCAGAGUGAAGGUGAUUACCUUGGUGGGGAAGCAUAUUGGGCUGGAGGGCUUCAUCUGUACACGCCUCUCCCAUUCAGACCAGGCAGAGGCGGCUUUGGAGACCUCUUCAGGACGCAUUUCUUCCUUAACGCCGGGAAUUUGUGUAACCUUAACUAUGGGGAAGGGCCCAGAGCACACCUGAGCAAACUGGCUGAGUGUAUUCGCUGGUCAUAUGGAGCGGGCAUUGUGUUGCGUCUGGGGAACAUUGCUCGACUGGAGCUCAACUAUUGCAUUCCCAUGGGCGUCCAGAGUGGAGACAGGAUAUGUGAUGGUGUGCAGUUUGGGGCUGGAAUACGGUUCCUGUAACAUUCUUUUUGCACAAAUUCUGAACAAAUAAGGAUUUCUUUCACUUUGCACCUGUGAAAACGGAUGUGUGUACAAUUCCUUUUUAAGCUGCAAUGCAUAAUGCAAUGGGUGUUACCUAAAUAGUUGAUGUUGGCAAAUUGAAGAAACUGGUAUACAACUUAAAAGAAAAGAAUUGUUAUGAAUCAUUUUGAAGUUGUUGGUACUUCACUGGGGAGUAUAUCGGACAUCAGUGCUCUUAUUACUUAUAUUUAUUCAUCCGAACAGCCAGCGUUCAAUAAAUAAAGUUUUUGUCCUUUUC